CUAAGCUGUAGCACCUUUCUUCAAUAUGUCGGAAGUUAAGUGAUCAACCUGAAAAUUCGGGUAUCUGCCAGACAGUUAGUAUCUACUGUCUCCGUGGGAAUAAAUUACCCGUGGAACUAUAGAAUUAGGGAAAUACAUUAAUGAUGAGGUUUGCAUAAAGCUUAGCAAACAUCUAUUAGUAAAAAGAUAUGUAUCCACAGCAAUUAUUUGAAGAAUUAUACAGAUUUCUGUCAUAAUAUUAAUUGCAAUAUCUCUGUAAUAUUGCAUUUCGAACUAAUCUUAGAGACUAUUAAGAAAGCAGAUGAAAAGCUUGUCCAGUAACAAUAAUAAUAAUAAUUGGUAAAAAUGCCGGUCGGUGUAUUUCCAGUUCUUAAAUUAUCUGUACUGUUCGUCAAGCAGAUCAGUAAACCUUUGGCCAAAGUUCUUGUCAGUCAAGCAAAGAAUUCCCAUGUUUUUAGAACUUAUGUUAUCAUACCACCUGCUCAAUUUUAUCACUGGUUGGAAGUAAAAACAAAAAUGUACGUUAUGAAUCUCGGCAAGCCAACGAAAGUAGCAAAAUUAAAUGAGGCCAUGGCGAUUGAGUUAGGUGCUAGCUUGUUGAGUGAGAUAAUUAUUUUUGGUGUUGCUGGUGGUUGUUUGAUGCUGGAAUACAGUAGACAAACGGCAAAGGAGGCUAAGAAGGAAGAGAUUAGACAAAUACAGAUGAAGAAGUUCACAGACGACAUACAGAUAUUGCACAACACCACAUUGCAGCAAAAAGCUCAUAUACAGUAUCUAACUAGUGCCAUUGAUGAAUUGGCAAACCAUGGAGGACACAAGUUACAAACUCCUAAGCCAAUAUUACAAGCAAAUAACAAUAAUGAUAGUUUGAAUGACAACAACAAUGUGAGUUCUAGUAAAAACAGCAAAAGUAAGACAGAAACAAAUAUAGAUAAUAAGGACAGAUCACUUAUAAAUCGUGCUAUAGAAGACAUUAACAAAAAUUUAAAAGUAGACACUCUAAAAUAAUAGAUACUUCGUGUAUUAUUGUGGAGAUACAUAGCACAAUGAUUGGUAAGUGGUGUUUAUAUUAAUCAAUACGAAUCAGAAUAUGAAUCAGAUCUGUAUCAUAUAUUUGUUUUGAUUUGCUAUUUAUGCUAAUAAGGCACAUGUAAAGAUUUAGCUAUGUAUGCUCUGUGAAAAAAUGUAUAUACCUGAUUAUAUUUAUCUAAACUAGUAAUUUUAAAGCAAAUGUAGAUAUGUAUAAUAAAAUAAAGUUUACACGGAAAAUUUAUA